AUGCCCAAUCUUUCCACCUCAAUCCCUCCACCUUACAUCUACAAUACUAACAAGGCGUUCGAAUGGAUGAUGAACAAUCCUCUACAGACCGAACAGGAUUAUCAUUGGGUUGGUGUGAAGGAUAUUUGUGCUCCUAAAGCUGAUUCUGACUAUACUUUGAGGAUAAACUCAUAUGCCACAAUUAGAGGAAAGGAGCGGGAGAAGAUUAUGGAGAUGGUUAUUGUUCAUCCGGUAGCUGAUGUGAUGAACUUUACCCAAGAAUUAAAAAAUCUAAAAAAUAAGAUUUAUGAAGGUCGUACCCUACGUUCAGAUGAUAGAAGAAGACACGAUAUGAUGAUUGUCGGAUAUGACACUGAUGAAAUUCUCAAUAAGAAUUACUGGAUAAUCCAGAAUUCUUGGGGUGAGGCAUGUUGGGAAUCACGGUCUUUCCGCUUCGUGAAGUUAAGAUAG